GUGAGCCCAAGCGGCGGUGGGACCCUCCCCCGGGGCAAGGGGCGGGCUCCUGGAGCGGUUCACCACCCCGCGCCCAGGCGCCUGCAGAGCCGUGGAGAGAUGGCACCAGCCGGAGGCUCCCGGGCCAAGAAGGGUAUUUUGGAACGACUGGAUGGAGGAGAGGUGGUAGUCGGAGAUGGGGGCUUUCUCCUGUGUCUGGAGAAGAGAGGCUAUGUGAAGGCUGGCCUGUGGACUCCAGAGGCGGUGGUGGAGCAUCCAGAAGCAGUUCGUCAACUUCAUGUUGAAUUCCUGAGAGCAGGGGCAAAUGUCAUGCAGACUUUCACCUUUUCUGCCAAUGAAGACAAUAUGGAAAGCAAGUGGGAAGCUGUAAAUGCUGCUGCCUGUGAUCUUGCAAGAGAAGUGGCUGACAGAGGCGAAGCUCUGGUAGCUGGAGGGAUCUGCCAAACAUCCAUUUACAAACGUCACAAAGAUGAGGCCAGAAUUAAAAGGCUCUUCCAGCUCCAGCUUGAUGUGUUUAUUAGAAAAAAUGUGGACUUCUUGAUUGCUGAGUAUUUUGAGUAUGUUGAAGAAGCUGUGUGGGCUGUAGAAGUCUUAAAGGAAUCAGGUAAACCAGUGGCAGCUACGAUGUGCAUUGGCCCAGAGGGAGAUAUGCAUGGAGUAGCCCCGGGAGACUGUGCUGUUAAGCUGGUGAAGGCAGGGGCUUCCAUCAUUGGCGUGAAUUGUCGUUUUGGCCCUGAAACCAGCUUGAAGACAGUGGCGCUCCUAAGAGACGGUCUGCAGAAGGCGGGGUUGAAGGCCCAUCUGAUGGUGCAGUCCCUGGGAUUCCACAUGCCCGACUGUGGCAAGGGAGGGUUUGUGGAUCUCCCUGAAUAUCCUUUUGGCCUGGAACCCAGAGUCGCCACCAGAUGGGAUAUUCAGAAAUACGCCCGAGAUGCCUACAACCAGGGGGUCAGGUUCAUCGGCGGCUGCUGUGGCUUUGAGCCCUACCACAUCAGGGCCAUCGCAGAGGAGCUGGCCCCAGAAAGGGGCUUUUUGCCACCAGCGUCCGAAAAACAUGGCAGCUGGGGGAGUGGUUUGGACAUGCACACCAAACCGUGGAUUAGAGCCAGGGCUAGACGUGAGUAUUGGGAAAAUCUGCUGCCAGCUACAGGCAGACCUUUUUGUCCUUCUCUCUCAAAACCGGACGCCUAAGGAAUAAGAAAGUAGCAGUGAAGGAGAAAUGAAGGAGUGGCGAUGGAGUAAUGAAGGAGUAAUGAAAGAAAACUCGGAAAGAACAUUAACAAAGAAAAUCCCUGGGGCAUCCCAUCUGGAGCCUUGAUCCUCAUUGGUCCACUUGCUACCUCAGUGGUUCAACAUCUAAUGUGCUACAUUCUGUGCUUCUGUUUUGUGCUCCUGCUGUGAAUAAACUAAUUCUAUACUAAAGCAAUGUUCCUGAUUUUCAUAAAUGACUUACAUAAUGACUCCAAAGGCAAUCCCAAAGACAA